ACCAGAUCCACAAGUCCUGAUGUCUUUAAAAGGAUCUUCCUGGGGAAUCCGGCUCCUCUGUGCACUGUGACAUUCACCCUGAUUGUAGUGGCAAGUCCAACGGCCAUUCCACUGCAGCUGGCAUCAUGAAGGCCUGUGUCCCUCUUAUAGUGGCCAUGCUCUGUGGCCUGGCCUGGGCUGGAAACCUGGAAUCGUGCACAUCUCGCUGCAACGAGAACUUUAACCGGGACGCUGCCUGCCAGUGCGACCGUCGGUGCCCCUACCACGACGAUUGCUGUGCCGACUACGAGCAUCUGUGCGCUGCUGAGGAAGACCCCCCAGAGCCAAAGGCAUUCCUGGACCCAGAGAAUGAGACGCCAGCCAGCCAUCUGUACUCUGCGCCAAGCUCCUGCCAGGGCCGCUGCCGGGAAGACUAUGACAAGCACCACGCUUGCCACUGCAAUGACCGCUGCCAAGAGUUUGGGGACUGCUGUGAGGAUUUUGACAGUGUGUGUGGAGGCCACGAGGGCUUCUCCCACAGCAGUGACGCCGUAACCAAGGAGGAACUUGAGAGUAUCUCUGAGACAAUCUACAGGGUGGAUAUCAAUAAAGCCCAGAAGAAAGACAUUGUCAUCAACAGUCAAAACCACAUCUCCCAGUCAGAGACAGGAAACCAAGUGGAUCGAUGCCCGGAGCCGCUUUUCACUUACGUCAAUGAGAAACUGUUCUCCAAGCCCACCUAUGCAGCCUUUAUCAACCUACUCAACAAUUAUCAUCGGGCCACGGGACUUGGGGAGCACUUCAGUGCUCAACAGAUGGAGGAGCAGGAUAUCUUCCUCAGGGAAGUCAUGAAGACAGCUGUCAUGAAGGAGCUCUAUGGCUUUCUCCAUCACCAAAACCGCUACAGCUCUGAACAAGAGUUCGUGGAUGACUUGGAGAACAUGUGGUUUGGGCUCUACUCAAGGGGCAAUGGAGAGAGGGAUUCGAGUGGCUUUGAACAUGUCUUCUCAGGCGAAGUGAAAAAGGGCAAGGUCGUUGGCUUCCAUAACUGGAUCCGCUUCUACCUGCAGGAGAAGAAGGGUCUUCUUGAUUACUACAGCCACAACUACGAUGGGCCUUGGGAUUCCUACCCCGAUGUCCUAGCCAUGCAGUUCAACUGGGAUGGCUACUACAAGGAAGUGGGCUCCGUUUUCAUUGGCAGCAGCCCUGAGUUCGAGUUUGCCCUCUACUCUCUGUGCUUCAUCACCAGGCCAGGCAAAAAGUGCCACUUAAGCCUGGGUGGCUAUCCUUUGGCCAUCCAGACCUACACCUGGGAUAAGACCACCUACGGAAAUGGCAAGAAGUACAUUGCGACAGCCUAUGUGGUGUCCUCUACCCACUAGAGCUUGCAGCCAGAUGGGGUACGAGGACAGAGAGCCAAGCAGAGUCCCGGUGCUAUUUGCUCUUUACUGGGGAGGGGAGGGAGGAUCUGGG